AUGAGACUCGUCGCUGCCCGCCUAGCAGGCCUCGCGCAGAGGCGGGGGUUUGCGUCGACGCCCCGGCGGCAGGAUCACUAUGCCUUUGUCGGUCUCGGCCAGAUGGUAGGUCUCGAUGCGGUGCCCCCGGCUUCCCCGGCCCAGAAGACGGCAACCCAGCUGACGUGGCGGCCUCUGCAGGGCUACCAAAUGGCCAAGAACCUCCAGUCGAGGCUCAGGCCGACCGACAAGCUGUCCGUCUUCGACAUCAACCCCGAGGCCAUGAAGAGCCUCGAAAGCGACGUCAAGUCCGCGUCUGGCGGCGCAAAGGUCGAGCUCGCCCCCAGCGCGUGGGCGGCGUCCAAGGAAGCCGACACCGUCAUUACCGUCCUCCCCGAACCGCAGCACGUCCAGGGCGUGUACAAGUCCAUACUGACGGGCGCGCUGCCCAGAAAGGACCGCCUCUUCAUCGACUGCUCGACAAUCGACCCGUCCACGUCUCGCGAGGUGGCUGGGUCGGUUUCUGCCGCCGGACAGGGCACCUUUGUCGACGCCCCCAUGUCGGGGGGCGUCGUGGGCGCCGCGGCCGGCACGCUGACCUUUAUGCUGGGGGCCGGCGCGCACGCGGUCCCCCGCGCCGAGCCGACGCUGCUGCGGAUGGGCAAGCGGGUGCUUCACUGCGGCGAGCAGGGCGCCGGCCUGUCCGCCAAGCUGGCCAACAACUACCUGCUCGCCCUGAGCAACAUUGCCACGGCGGAGGCCAUGAACCUGGGCAUCAGGUGGGGCCUGGAUCCCAAGAAGCUCGCCGGCGUCAUCAACGUCAGCACCGGCCGCUGCUGGCCGAGCGAGGUCAACAACCCCGUCAGGGGCGUCGUUGCGAACGCGCCCGCGGCACGCGACUACGCCGGCGGAUUCGGCAUCUCCCUGAUGAAGAAGGACCUGAGGCUGGCCAUGGUGGCUGCCAGGGAGGCAGGGGCCAAGAUGGCUCUGGCCGACGCUGCCCUUGGCGUGUACGAGGCUGCGGAGAGGCGGGAUGAGUGCAAGGGGCGCGACUUUUCGGUUGUGUACAGAUAUCUCGGGGGCAAGGAGUAG